AUGGCCUUGGGUUUAAGGUGCUUCCGCUUGGUCCACCCUGCCUUUUGCAGCUCCCUUACAGCCUUGACCAGAACUGUUUCAGAAGUCACGCUGCAGACAGUGAGAGGAAGACAGGAUGACCGUGGGCAAUACAUGGCCUAUGCCGCCGUACCAGUCCGUCAUUUUGCUACCAAGAAAGCCAAAGCCAAAGGGAAAGGACAGUCCCAAACUAGAAUGAAUCUUAACGCUGCCUUAGUUGAGGAUAUCAUCAACUUGGAAGAAGUGGAUGAAGAAAUGAAAUCUGUGAUCGAAGCACUCAAGGAUAAUUUCAAUAAGACUGUCAAUAUAAGGACCUCACCAGGAUCCCUUGAUAAUAUCACUGUGGUGACUGCUGAUGGGAAGCUUGCUCUCAACCAGAUCGGCCAGAUCUCCAUGAAGUCGCCACAGCUGAUACUGGUGAAUAUGGCCAGCUUCCCAGAGUGUACAGCUGCAGCUAUCAAGGCUAUAAGAGAAAGUGGAAUGAAUCUGAACCCAGAAGUGGAGGGGACGCUAAUUCGGGUACCCAUUCCCAAAGUAACCCGGGAGCACAGAGAAAUGCUGGUGAAGCUGGCUAAACAGAACACGAACAAGGCCAAAGACUCUUUACGGAAGGUUCGUACCAAUGCAAUAAACAAGGUGAAGAAAUCAAAGGACAAGGCCUCCGAGGAUACCAUUAGGCUCAUAGAGAAACAGAUCAGCCAAAUGGCCGACGACACAGUUGCAGAGCUAGACAGGCAUCUGGCCGUGAAAACCAAAGAACUCCUUGGAUGA